AUGUCCACAAAUUCCAUUCCACAAGCUAACGAUCAUGCUGACCAAAUUCAUUCUUUCCACUCAGUAGAUCCUUCUUCCGUUGAAUCCACUCUCAAGCAAAUGUUUCCCAAGAGUGGUGGUGAUGACAUUCAACCAAACAAUAUAAUUUCAGGACAGAGAGAGACACAUGAUGAUGCCAAUGUCGAGCACAAGUCCGAAACGAAUCCUUUCACCAUCAUGGCCACAAAAACUCCCACUCAAAAAAGUGUGUAUGAAUUGUCGUGUCAUCAUUACGUGUUGCUCAUCUUUCGAAGAUUUGUCAAGUAUGAAGGAUGUGCAUUGUGUAAUCGAAGAAUGUAUCAGAUAUUGGAAAUGUAUCGUUCAUUGAAACAGCUUAAUGUCAUUCCCAUAGUUGUGUAUCCAGAGGAAGAAAAGACAGGAGAGGAGUUUUUUAAUUCAUUUGACAUUAGGGAAAUUAAAGAAAUGAUGCGAGUGGCAGAUCCACACCAAGUUUAUGCUGAACAGUUCAAUGUCUAUUUUGAAAGGAAAUUUCCUCUUGCCAAGAUGGCUACUCAUUUAAUUCCAGGUUUGAUGAAUGCAUACAAACAAGGUUUCAAGCAACCCUUGAGAACACUUUCAUCCUACGAUGGAAAUUCCUUCUUCAUCAAACCUGCCAUGUUUAUCAUCAAAAAUGGUAAAAUUGUAAAAUCAUUGAGACAUGAUUAUGCAGAUCCUUGUCCAGAUAUUAUUAAGGAAAUUAUUUUGAAUACGACGGAUCUGUCCAAUCAAGAACAGAACAAUACUGGUGCUAUCUCCAGGAAAUCCGACACAGAUGACACUUCUCACAACUCUUCGGUUACCACGGACCAAUUUCAAGAAAAAUCCAUUCCUUCAAAAGAACUCGCAACUGACCAGGAAAUUGCAAUACUUUCAAAGGAGGAGGAACUUGCAUUAACUUUGCAAACAACUCUCCAGAACGAGGAACAAUUUCUCUCGUUUUUUUCAAAGCCAUCACCAAGAUAUCGAAUCACUAAGGUGAAUCAUGUGGCAACAUUGCAAGAAAUUUCCAAUGAAAUGAAAGCGAAGGAAGAGAAAGAAAGAAAUGAGAAGGCCAAACUAUUGUUGGAAAAGAUGGAAACAUCAUCACCAAUGUCGUGUUUAGGAAAUUCACAACAAGAGCUGCCCAACAACACCAAUAAUAUGAAUGCUUCACUCGACUUGAUGACAGUAUUACAAACUGGAAAGUACCGAAAAUAUUUCAAAAUAUUUUCAUAUAAGGAAUAUAAUUCUGAAAAUAUAGAGUUUUGGGAAGAAGUGAAUCUGAAAUACAAACCCAUUGCAGAAUUUGACAAAAAAGAGGAUGCAUACCAAGUGGCAAUGAAAAUUGGUCGACUAUUUCUUUUUGAUGAAUCCGCUCUCACUUUUAUUAAUACCACCGACCAUUUAAGGAACAAAGUGAAAAACAAUAUUACAGAUGUUUUCAUACCACCAACACAAGAAGACUCCAUUCCAUCAUUAGAAACGAAACAAGAAUUUAAUGAGAAGGCACCAUCGAUUUUUGAUUGUGUCCUUUCUGAAAUGUAUGCUUCACUCAUGAAGGACAUGUUUAUAAGAUUCAGCACGAGUGAUUUGUUUAAGGAAAUGAAAGCACCCGAAGCAAGAAGAAGGAAAUAA